CUCGAAAGCAUUCCGCGUUAUUUGGUGUUCGGUAUUCGCGAUAUCCGGUACUUGCGUGGUUAAACUCUUACGUGCCCACAUCUUUAGCUUACUUUUAAAUUAAACAGCGCAUUAAGACAAUGUCGAGCCCUGGCAGGCCAAGUUCCCGCGAAUGUUCGCAAAAAACCCCAUCGAAACAAGGAAUGUCUAAUAAUGAUACUGAUACACCGCUUCGAAUCGGAUGCCCAAUGCCGCAAAAUGAUCCGGGUUUGGUGCAGGAAAGCUCCGAUCGCAAUGUAACGAUGGUAACAUCUCCUGGUACCGGUGAUGCUCCUCCCAAUGCGCCAGCUACGAGUCCGUACGGUAGAGCACCCGGAAUAAGCGAAAUGGACAUGAGUUCUCCGUUGAAUUACGGCACACCAAGUUCCAUGGGUUCAAUUCGGACCCCUCGAUCUGGUAUUCGUGGAACGCCAAUGCGCAAAAGACCGGAUGUUCGCGUGGAUCAAGUUUUUCGUCAAGUAAUCAUCGGCACGAACGGUCACGAACCUGGUCUUAAUUCUAUCAAUGCGGAAAAUCCUCUCUCUGCUACGGAUUAUGCUUCUUCCGGUCAACGAUUGGUUGUAUGGGGCACUAAUGUCGUGGUGGAUGAAUGUAUGCACAAAUUUAAACAAUUCGUCAUGCGUUACAUUGAUCCGGAGGCAGCGGAAGAUGAAAUUGCUGAAGGGAUGAAUCUUAACCAACCACUUUAUAUUCAAAAAUUAGAGGAGAUACACACACUUGAGGAACCGUUUUUGAACUUCAAUUGUGCUCAUUUAAAAACAUACGACGAGUCUUUGUACCGUCAACUGGUCUGCUAUCCCCAGGAUGUUAUUCCGGCAUUAGAUAUUGCGGUAAAUGAAAUGUUCUUUGAGCGAUACCCCGCUGCUACACUCUAUCAUCAAAUCCAAGUUCGUCCGUUCAACGCGGACAAGACACGAGCCAUGCGUGCACUGAAUCCGGAAGAUAUUGAUCAGAUAAUCACUAUCAGUGGAAUGGUUAUUCGCACCUCUAAUAUUGUUCCAGAGAUGCGGUGCGCUUUUUUCAAGUGUUCUAUUUGUAGCUUUACUACAGUGGUUGAGCUUGAGCGUGGGCGCAUCGCAGAACCCACUUUGUGUACUAAUUGCAAUUCAAACCACUGUUUUCAACUGAUACACAAUCGAUCACAAUUUGCCGAUCGCCAAUUAAUUAAACUCCAAGAGUCUCCUGACGACAUGGCUGCGGGGCAAACUCCCCACAAUGUAUUGCUUAUGGCUCACGAAGACUUAGUUGAUAAAGUGCAACCCGGCGAUCGAGUAACUGUUACCGGAAUAUACAAAGCUAUGCCCAUGCAAGAAAAUCCUCGCCAAACAUCGAUGAAAUCCGUCUACCGAACCCACAUUGAUGUGCUCCAUUUUCGUAAAGUUGACGAUAAACGGCUUUACGAAGAAGAGGAAGGUAAAGCUCAUACGUUUGCCCCAGAACGCAUUGAACUUUUAAAAAUGAUUUCACAGAAAUCAGACGUUUACGAUCGGUUGGUUCGUUGUAUCGCUCCAUCUAUCUACGAAAAUACCGACGUUAAAAAGGGUAUUAUGUUACAAAUGUUUGGAGGGUCCAAGAAAAAACAAGCAACAUCUGGGAGGCAAAACUUUCGCGCCGAAAUUCAUAUUCUGCUGUGUGGAGAUCCGGGCACAUCGAAGUCGCAAUUGUUGCAAUACGUGUACAAUUUAGUGCCCCGUACUCAAUACACCUCAGGCCGAGGAUCUUCGGCAGUUGGUUUAACAGCAUAUGUCACUAAGGAUUCCGAAACACGGCAACUUGUCCUUCAAACUGGUGCUCUUGUGUUGGCAGAUAAUGGGGUAUGCUGUAUCGAUGAGUUUGACAAGAUGAACGACGCCACAAGAAGUGUUCUUCACGAAGUGAUGGAACAGCAAACUCUUAGCAUUGCAAAAGUGGGCAUUAUCUGCCAGUUAAACGCGCGAACCUCGAUUCUUGCUGCUGCCAAUCCUUCAGAGUCUCAGUGGAAUAAGAACAAAACCAUCAUAGACAACGUGCAGCUUCCCCACACGCUGAUGUCCAGAUUCGAUCUCAUUUUCCUCAUAUUAGAUCCGCAGGAUGAAGUUUUCGACCGGCGCCUUGCGGUUCAUUUGGUCUCGAUGUACUACGCUACUAGAAAUGAAAAUGAAGACAACUUGGUGGAUAUGAGUGUCCUUCGGGACUAUAUUGCAUAUGCUAAGCAGCACAUCAAUCCUGUGUUAUCUGAGGAAGCGCAACAAAGGUUGAUUCAAGUCUAUGUUGACAUGCGUAAAGUAGGAUCCGGAAGAGGGCAGAUAUCGGCUUAUCCUCGGCAAUUAGAAAGCUUGAUUCGGUUAUCUGAAGCUCAUGCUAAGGUACGCCUUAGUGAAACCGUUGAUAUACAAGAUGUUGAAGAAGCCUGGCGGCUACACCGAGAGGCUCUGAAACAAUCAGCUACAGAUCCACUUUCGGGUAAAAUUGAUGUCGGCAUUUUAACCACUGGAUUAUCAAAUGCUGCUCGGAAGAAACGUAUCGAUUUAGUAUCAUCCAUAAAGGCUAACUUGAAGACAAAAGGAAAAAUUUCAACUUUUCCUUAUCAAAAACUCUUUGGCGAAAUAAAAGAAGCUUCGCAAACGCUUGUAACAAAGGAGCAGUUUGAAGACGCACUGAAGGAUCUGCAGGAUGAGGGAGUACUGGUUAUUGUCGGUAAUAAUACUAUUAGAAUUAGCUGAAACAGCAAGCUUUUCAUUGCAAGACGUUUUCAUUUCCAUUUCCCCU